AUGACCCCGGAGGUGCCAGAUCCCGCCAAUGUUAACAUGGCGGCUAAACCCGAGCAGCAAAAGAGCGCUGACGCCAAUGAAGUCAUGCUCAAAAAACGAGCAAGUCGGCGGGGCAGCGAUGAAGUAAUCUCGCGAGAUCGAAGCCAGCCUCCUCUCGGCCCGGAAGCCUCGUCUGAGGGGGCGGAGGGGCGGAGGAGGGAGCGGGAGUCCGGCGAGAACCAGUGGAGGAGUCCGCCCGCUGUUGCCUGCGUAAGCGGAGCAGCGACUCCGGGCGGCUACGCCGCGGAAUCGGCGUAG